AUGAGCCAUAGACUCUGGGAAGCACUCUUACAAGAUGACGCUGAAAGAUUUCGGCUAUACCUGGCUGAGGCCACCUAUAACGCCAACGCGCGUCAGUCCUCCGCCCCAUCGUUGAAGAUUGGCAGCCCUGGAUCGUUGGGUACCUCACCACAUUCGGCGCUCAAGUCGCGCAAGUCCUCCGGCAAUGUACAGAAUACGCCGCGCACCAACAAGAACGGCGGUGCAGCUUUGACGAGACUCGACGUCAAUUCGAGGGACAGCUUUGGACGAACACUUCUUCACCAUGCCGCCACACAGGCAGGCGAGACGGCAUCUGAGUUCAUCGCAGCCCUGUUGGACAUCCCCUUCAUCGACUUGUACGCACAGGAUCUGGAAAGUGGCUGGACUCCGCUGCACCGUGCCCUGUACUUUGGCAAUGUUGGCACCGCACAGGCUUUGAUGAGGCGUGACCUGCAAGAUGCCACGGAUUACACCACGACAGCGGCACACGCUCAAGCUGGCGGUUUAGUCAAAAUCAAGGACAACGAAGGAAACAGUCCAUUUGAGGUCUUCCAAUUGACCAUUGCGCCUCGCAUACUACAGAGCUCGAGCCACACCAUUGGGGAUGGUGAUUCUGAUGGCAGUAAUAGCGUGGAUCUCAAUGAAGAUAACAAUUCAACCCAAAUUAUGCGACAAGUCGAGAAGCACUCCAUCCAUCUCGACGGCCACGAAAUUUUCGCCUUUGGCAGCAAUAAGAACCUGAAUUUAGGGGUUGGUGACGAGGAUGAUAGGCAUUUCCCCGAACGCAUCAGUCUCAGACGGCCCGAUCAGCUACUCUUCCGUCUAUUCCAAGACCAUUCGGCUGAAUGUGCGACAAAGGCUUUCCCAGACGAGACAGCCAGAUCUUUGCCAAUCCCGAGCUCGGUCGAGGAAAUACCGUGCAUUGUAGCGAACAAGCCUAUCUCGAUCAGAAACGUUGUCAUGUCGAAGUUGCAUACGGCCAUUUUGACAGAUGAUCCGAUAUCCAACCUGCACGUCUGUGGGUUUGGACCUGGCGGGCGACUUGGUACUGGAGACGAAAGGACUUCCUUCGGCUUCCGAUGUAUACAGGGCGGUGGUCUGGCCAAGAAGCGCAUCGCAAAUGUUGCGCUGGGUCAAGACCACACCAUCGCCAUCUGUUCGCAAGGUGAAGUCUUCACGUGGGGUAGCAACAAGUACGGUCAGCUUGGCUAUGCGCUUCCGGAAGUCAGUGGAAACGACGUGCCUAUGCAGCUACUUCCUCGACAAUUGUACGGCUUCGUCAAGAAGGAGCUGGUCAUCGGCGCUACUGCCUCUGCCAUCCACUCCGCCAUUUACACAGCGGGCGCUCUGUACACAUUUGGCAAGAACGAAGGCCAGCUUGGUCUCAUGGAUGCAGACGCACGCUCGCUUGAGAUGGUCACCACACCUCGCAGAGUUGCGCCUUCUGUGUUGACAACUCCCAUUGCCUCAGUAAGCGCGAUCGAUCGAGCAACUGCCGUUCUCCUCGCCAAUCAUGAAGUCAUCGUGUUCACGCACUUCGGCUACACCCGAAUUGCAUUCCGACUCGAGGGCUAUAUGCGUUCUCUCAGCCCGGACUUUCCUGGAUUUCAGCAGAAUCAUAUCAUGAGACUCAAUGCUGGCGCAAACACAAUCGCGGCUCUCUCGGCCUUCGGAGAGGUCUUCACGGUGGAAGUACCCAAGGUUCCGGAGACCGUAUCUGCAAGCGUUUCUACGACCAACCCAUCUAAGGCACGAAACGCACUGCCUCCCUCUGUUCGUGUCUGGUCCCUGCGCAAAGAACACAUGUCCGCAACGGACGUUGCAGUUGGGCAGGAUGGGUCAGUGAUCCUCUGCACAAGGUCAGGCUCCGUAUGGCGGAAAGAAAAGCGUGCCAAGAUCAAAUCCGUCAAUCAUGAGGGCGCUGCGAGGUCCAAGACAAAGGAUUACAAGUUUGUUAGGGUGCCAAAUCUGACUCGUGCCAUUGCUGUGCGCAGCAAUGCUUUUGGGGCAUACACUGCAAUCCGUAAAGAUAGCGAUGUCACGCACACUCAGAUCGCCGUCGAAAGCCCUACGCUUUGGUCAAGCAUGUUUCCACUACUGGCAUUCCACCAAUAUGGGGAAGUCAAGGAUGACGAUGAGACCAUUGACAAUCCUCCGCUUCGAUUCUGGGUACCGAUGGGCAGAGGUCCCAACACUGCUCAGCUAAAGGUAGCAGUCAUCACACGGCCGGAUGCUGAGUCGGAGAUCAAGCAUAUCUGCCAGAUGCAAGCAACGCCCGGAAGCUCGCUUUGUGAUCUUUGGAUAGGGUCCACCGUAACUGACGUCCGCAUUCCGGUCCAUUCAUUUGUCCUGCAGGGCAGAAGCAGUGUCAUGAGAACAGCGCUGACCCAGUUCCGCCAGUCAUACUAUUACGCUAUCGCCGAUGUCCUCUCGCUUGAGUAUGGACGAGAUGGUCAAGCUCAGCUGAUCUUCAACGGCGCGGACUUCUUGACCCUGGUGAAUCUCGUUCUCUAUCUGUACACCGACGACAUCGUUGACGUUUGGCAUCAUACGUCUAAGGCUUUGCAUCUGGCGCCGCGAUACCGGGCGGUGCGUGUAGAGCUGAUGAAGAUUGCAUCGAAUCUGGAGCUCCGCCAACUUGAGCGGGCUGCUAGGCUUAUGAUCGAUCCUAUUCGAAGCUUGGCACACGACAUGGAACAUGCGGUGGUUGAUCACGACUUCUUCUUGGACGCGGAUGUGAUGAUCGACCUUGCAGAUGGCGCUGAGAUCCCGGCCCACAGUGUUUUGUUGACAGCUCGUUGUCCCUUCUUCGAGGGCCUCUUCCAAGGCCGCACUGGAGGAAUGUGGAUGGCCGCCCGGCGUGACGAAGCUCAGGACAAAGCUGAGCUCAUGCGCGUGGAUCUCAAACACCUGAACAGCAAUGUGUUCAAACUCGUGCUUCGCCAUCUGUACGCAGAUACUGGCCUGGAGCUGUUCGAUGAUCUGGUGACUUCGGACUUUGACGCAUUCGCAGACAUCCUAUUGCAGGUGCUGUCUGCAGCCGACGAACUCAUGAUUGAUCGAUUGGCACAAAUCUGUCAGAGCAUUCUUGGCCGCUAUGUCAACAUCCGAAAUGUUUGCUAUCUGCUCAACACGGUUGCAGAGUGCCAAGUGACCGAGUUCAAGAAUGCAGCACUUGAGUACAUCUGCCUCAAUUUAGAAGCCAUGCUGGAGCAGCGAUUGCUCGAAGAUCUCGAUCCAGAUCUUCUGGCCGAGCUAGACGAAGUGGUGCAGCAGAACCAGCUAGCUUAUCUUCCAUUUGCCAGAAGUUCGAGAACAUACGAUGAACUCGUCGAUCGUUAUCCAGAGCUUGCAGAGCAAAUGGAUCUCGGAAAGCGGCGACGUAUUGACUCCAUGCGUCUUCGCACCAGGCUGGCCGAUGCUCAGGUCAAGGAAGAUGCGUCGCACAAAUUCAGAGUCGGAUCUGUGGACAAGUAUGGCAGCUCGCCAUCUCUCGUGCGCAGAUCAAGUGGGCCUGGCAGUGCGGAGACCACACCAGAAUCUAGUCCUGCUAUAGCUGCGCAGGAGGGUGGCGAAGACUUUCCCUUUGAAAUGGAUGAAGGCGAGGCACUUGGCUCUCCUUCGUUACCCGCGAAUGAGCCAAGAUCUCGCAGGCCGAUGGACGCUCAUCAAGAUUUGAUUGUCCCUCAGCCACUCUCAAGUCCUUCGUUGGACUCAGCACACCAUCGAGAUCGCGCUAUGAAUCGCGCGGGCACGUCUGCGGCAGACAACACGGCACCAGAACCAGAACGAGGUUUCGGCACAACCAAAGCUCCAUGGCAAACACCAUCACCCACUAGUCACCGCGUCGAUCUGCGAGACAUUAUGAGUCAGGCUUCGGCAUCGAAAGUCUCAAACCUGUCACAGUCCUUGGCCAAGGCAGAUAGUCAAGCCAAAGCUCGGCAGAAGAUGUCACAGAAAGAUCGCAAGAAGCAGUCUCAGCAAGCCAAACAUGAGCAGAUCGAGGUACCGAAGCCUCUGCCGCCCGCAGAAAUGUCGGCUGGAAAACCUCAGUCUGUAUGGCAGACUGUUCGCAAGCCCAGUGGGAGCGUUGCAGUGGUGCAGAGUUCACAAGCUCGAGCGACGACUCCACAUCGACCGACUAUGACCAUGAGACAGACUGUUGCAGGUAGCCCGGCACCGGCAUCGCCGCCACUACAAUCGCCUGUUCCGUCUUCUCCUGCUGCAGUAUCCGCCAGCAAACCUGCUCAGCCCGUCAUCCAAUCUAUCCGACACACACCAAGCCGAGCUUCCACCUUGUCAGCGCUGGAUGCCCGCGCGUCGAUGGCUGACAUCCUGUCGCAACAACAGGGGGAGAAGAUUGCCGUGAAGGAGGCGGUAGCCAAGAGAUCGCUUCAGGAUAUUCAGCAAGAACAAGAGUUUCAGGCGUGGUGGGACAGCGAGAGUCGCCGGAUACAAGAGGAAGAAUCGGCAGCUUCCAGGAAUGCAGGAAGGUCCAAAGGGAGCCGUGGUCGCGGACAGGCUGGUCGUCGCGGUGGUGGUAAUAGAGGAGCCAGGAGAGGAUCACAAGGUCCCAACGAGGGCUUGACUCAGGCAGAUACACAGGAUGCUACGGUGCCAGCGCAGAGAGUAGCGCACAGCCAGGUCCAGCCGAGUGCACGAGGCGACGCUCGACCGUACGCGCAUGCGCGCAGAGGUAGAGUGUCGAGUCCUGGCCACGGGUGA